AUGACUCGCUGGGGCUCACUCCCUCAAGAGAUUCGCAGCAUGAUCUUGGGGUACGUGGUUGCUCACGACCAUAUCGCGCCCUAUGCUCCCGUCUCGAUAGAAUGGCGCGAUGCCAUUGAGAAAAAGACCUUUCGGGACCUUCGUAUUCAAGCCUCCUCUUUGGACGCUCGCCAUAGCUCACCAACGGUAUUUCAGACACUUGGUCGCCUGCGGUAUCGACAUAGACGACUCGUCAAACACAUAUGGCUCAACGUUGAGCUUGAAACGCGGGAUUGCGAUCGGUCGCGGAACGUGCACGAGACUGUGUGUAUCAACGUUGCUAUCACACGGCUAUUCCAGGCCUUGCAAUUCUGGCCGGCACAAGAGGACUUGACGCUAGAGAUCAACGUGUAUGAGCCUGUGUAUCACUCGAAGGAGUGGUUCAGAGGGCAUCACAUUGGGUGUCCAGGGGAACAAGACGGAGAUAUGUCUCGUUUGUCAAAUUCUCAACUCCAAGAGUUUGCAAUGCCUUCACACGCGUCACUAUGGGGAUUAUUUUCAUCUUUGGCCUUUAAACUGCAAAGUGGUCCCUCUGUCCAAGCCGUAACCAAGUUUCUUCUUCCUCGACAAUGCCGACGUCAACUUGAACCAGACACUCUUUCCUGCAUACUCAAGCGACUUCCCCGGCUGGAAGAGAUUUCCCUUGAGACUUGGGAUGUCUCAGAGAUUUAUGGACCCUAUUACAUGGAAGGUUAUAUACAGCGCCUGUUCUUACAGCCUAGUUCCUUCAAAAAUGUCAAGUCGAUGACGGUUUUCCAAGAUCGCAACGAGUACUUUAACGCGGUAGCUCGUCGCCGCAGAUCGCGGAUUCAACGCCAUUUCCAGCCCCAACUGAGGCCAAUUCUGCCAGGCAAAGUGCUUGCUCGGGAGCUCGCUGUAGCCAGCCUUUCGCUUGAGAAUCUCUCCCUUUCUUUCAUCGUUGAUGCCGUCGACUUCUUCAGCCAGUGUCAAGAAAACUGGCUCUGGGCCGACCUGCGUUCCCUUACACUGACGUCCCGACUUCUCACCAGUGGCGGUGACUCUCUCGAGAUCCACGAACUGUUACAGACUGCUGCGCAAAAGACCAAGCAUAUGCCAAAGUUGGAGAGGCUCACAAUAUGGAACGGCGGAGCCAAUGGAGCAUGCGCCUUCACAUAUCGCAAACAGAAAUACAACGCCUCGGUGUUGUGGCAGGCAAAGGGGGGUACACGGCUGGAUCCCGCAGUGUACAGUUCUUGGGAAAACUUGCAUCCCGGAUACUUUCUCAGGGUCGAGGAAAAAGAUACAUGGCCUUUGAUCACGUCUCAUGCCGCUGCUAUCAUGUGCUUGGGAUUGCAACAUGUGGUGGACGAUUUGUCGUUGAGACAGAUGCAACUGGAGAAUGGUAUCCCUUGGGGGAGUAUCUGA